AUGGGCUUUGAAUCUUCCGACUCCGAUUCGGGGGCUUCCCAACGCCAUCAUCGUCCGCACGCCAUCCCUGGUGAAAUCCCCAUUCCUCACGGACCUCCCGGUGAUCACGACAGUGACGACUUCACUCUUCAGCAUGCCACCGCGGACGAGCAGCGCAUUUUCAGCCACGUCACCCGCCCCGAUGACUCGUACACGUCAGAGGGCGUCUACUGGGCCGACUUGCCUUGGAUGCAGCGCGUCAGGUUUGUUUCCCAAGUCGAUGGACAGGCUGCCGCCAAAGAGCUAAGCACCAUCGGUGCAAUGAUGAAGAAAGACCCUCUGUCUCCCAUUUCGUGGUAUUUCCGACACGCCGUCAUCCCCGGUGCUGGUCUCGGCCUGGAAGGAUACGUCCUCUUCUCCAUUGGCAAUCUGGAGCCGCUCUUUAAAAAGGUGUGGCCUGAAUGCUGGGACAAGCAUCAAGUCUGCAGCAAGAACUGGAUUGCCAGCGUGACAUAUCUCGAAAUCAUUGGCAUCAUGGUCGGGCAAGUCUUUGUUGGUGUCAUCGGUGACUGGGUUGGCCGUCGAUGGGGCCUGAUCCAGGACGCCAUCAUCAUGUUCAUCGGUCUGCUCAUGCUGACUGCUAGCUGGGGCCUGACUUUGCAAGGCUGGGUCAUUUGCUAUGCCUGCUCUCUCUUCUUCUACUCUCUUGGGGUUGGGGGAGAGUAUCCCAUUACCGCAACCUCGUCCCUGGAAAACGCCGUCACGGCCGGCAAGCUGUCUACCAAGGAAGACCGUCUCCACCGCGGCCGCCGCGUCACAAUGGCCUUUCUCAUGCAGGGUUGGGGCCAAUUCGUCAACCAGGUUCUCCUGAUCGUCCUUCUCGUCAUCUUCAACAAGGGAACCGGCUCCCCGCCGUACAGCACGUCCGCAGCCCAGUAUGCCUUCCGCCUGUCAUUUGCCUUCCCUGCCAUUGGCACCCUCUGGCUCGUCUACUACAGAACCUGGAAGAUGCCCCACGCCUCCAAGCAGCUGGCCCAAGCCAAGAACCGAACCAACGUGACCGGAUAUGACGUGACUGCUCUCCGCUACUGCUUCAGCCACUUUGGCGGCCGCCUGCUUGCCACUGCCGGCACCUGGUUCUGCAACGACGUCUUCUUCUACGGCAACAAGCUGUUUCAGGGUCAGUUCAUCAAGGUCAUCUCCGACAACCCCGACUCCCUCAUGACCAACUGGACCUGGAACCUGGUCAACAUUACCGUGUCUCUGGCCGGAUACUACCUCGCCUCUCUCCUCAUCGACAACAAGCUCUACGGACGCAAGAUGAUGCAGCAGGUUGGCUUCUUCAUGUGCUUCCUCAUGUUUGUCAUCCCGGCCUUCCGCUACAAGUACUUCAGCGGGCCCGAGGGCAUCCACUCCUUCCAGGCCAUGUACUUCUUGUCAUCCUUCUUCAACCAGUUUGGGCCCAACUCCGUCACCUUCCUCAUUGCCGGAGAAGUCUUCCCCACCCCCGUUCGCGCAACUGCUCACGGCUUCUCCGCCUGCCUGGGCAAGGCCGGCGCUCUCCUGGCCUCUGUCCUCUACAACUACAUUGACGACCAGACCAAGUUUUAUGUCGUUCCCUGGUUCGGCCUCGCCGGCAUGUUCCUGACUUGGAUGUUCCUCCCCGACACCACUGGACUGGACCUCAAGGAGCAGGAGCGCCGCUGGAGAUAUAUUCGCGACGGCAAGGCCCAAGAGUACCACGGCGUAGCCGUCCACCCUCAGCACCUGAGCCUGUGGGAGCGCAUUUGCGGACUGCACAAGACGUACGAUCCAGAGGCCGACUGGAAGGCAAAGAUUGCUGACAUGCGCUCCGAGUGGGAGGCUGUCCAGGCGGCUCGUGGCCCCAAAGAGGCCGAGGGCGACGAUGAUCAUGGCAUGCCGGAUGACGGCGAGUUUUCGAGCGAGAUCCACGCCUACUUUAAGCGCUCCAGCCCCAAGAAUCCUGCAAGCGCGCGCGGCGUCCUCGGCGAAAAGGCGCACGACGGUGAAGCAAGGUGA